AUGAUUCCCUUGAAGAUGCUGCUCCUGGUCACGCUCCUCCUGGGGGCUUCUCUGCAGGUCACCCAUGCAGCUCGAGGCACCAACGUGGGCCGGGAGUGCUGCCUAGAGUACUUCAAAGGAGCCAUUCCUAUCAGCAGGCUGACAAGGUGGUACAAGACUUCAGGGGAGUGUCCCAAGGAUGCCAUCGUGUUUGUAACUGUCCAAGGCAAGUCCAUCUGUUCCGACCCCAAGGACAAGAGGGUGAAGAAGGCGGUCAGAUAUUUACAAAGAACCUGGAAGGGAGGGCCCCAAGAGUCCUGAUUCCUGCCUGGAUCAUUUGGAGACCUCCACCCUCAGCGUUUGCUACCCCAACCUCCAGCUGCUGGAGUCCAGUGGAGGCCUCCAAGGACAAAGGUGAACCCUGUCCCCUCUUCUGGAUGGAACCAUGGCACGAAAGAGCCCAUUAAAGUCUGUCUCUUUGUACUUU